CAACAUCCAAGAUACAACAAACGAGAAUGGCGUCUGUAUCGAAAGCUCCUCUAGUAUGGAUAGACUGCGAGAUGACCGGCCUGGACACGGAUAACGAUACUAUCAUGUCUCUUGCUGCCUUUGUCACAGAUGCCGACCUCAAUAUCAUCGAUGAACAGGGACACGAAGCCGUCAUCCACCACAGCAAAGAGCAGCUCGACCGUAUGGGCGAGUGGUGCACCCAGCAUCACGGCCAGUCCGGACUAACACAAGCCUGCCUGGACUCCUCCACCACCUCAGAAGAUGCCGCAGAGGCUCUACUCCAGUACAUCAAGAAAUAUGUACCGGAACGUCGGACCGCUUUGCUUGCCGGGAAUUCGGUACAUGCCGACAAGUCGUUUCUAGUCAAACAACCUUACAAGAUUGUCACCGAUCAUCUUCAUUAUCGGAUUCUAGACGUAAGUAGCAUUAAGGAAGCUGCGAGACGAUGGGCGCCUAAGGAUGUCCUGAAGAAGAUUCCGAGGAAGCAGAUGCUGCAUGAAGCGCGGGCCGACAUCUUGGAGAGCAUCGAGGAGGCAAGGUACUAUCGCGAGGCUUUCUUUCUUGCGCCAAAACAAUAAGCAGAGCCGUAUUCCUAGAAUAAAGGCUAGGUCAACCCUUCUAUUGAAGUCUGGUGAGCGUAUUACGAGCCCGUGGACAGCAAUGUCUUCCUUCCCCAUCCGCUCUCAUCAGAUCACACUUUGCGAUAUUUUGCUCGAACCUUAACGCAUGCCUUCUUUGUCCCCAACGCCAGUCACGUUCGUACUGAACAGCCGUCAAUGUUUCAGGACAUAAGAAUUAGC